UUGAUAACCGGUGUAAGGAAUUUAUGAUAUAUUGUGUCGGAGACUUGUCAAACGAAUUGUAAUGGCGUUAUUUAAUGGUUCUGUAGUGCCGCUGGAAGAGUUUCAUGCGUUCAUUGUACGUUGCAGCAAAUCCGUUGGCAUAUCUGACAAUCAUGCAGAAAGUCUAGCUGAAAUGCUGGUAUCGGCAGAUUACAGAGGCCACUAUAGCCAUGGUCUGAAAAACCUAGAGAGGUACCUUAUCUGUGUACGGAAAGGUAUAAUAUCCGGGGCAGGUACACCAGAGAUUGUCAAACAGACCGCAGCAACCGCAUUAGUGGAUGGGCAUAAAUUACUGGGUCCUGUCAUUGGCAAUUUUUGCAUGGAUUUGGCAAUGGAGAAGGCAAAGACUGCAGGAAUUGGUUGGGUGUCUGUCAGAGGUUCAAACCAUUAUGGAAUGGCGGCGCUGUAUGGGCUUCGAGCUCUAAAGCAGGGGAUGCUCGGCAUUGCUCUUACAAACACAUCGCCAGGAAUGGCACCAACACGAGCGAAAGAAAAUAUACUUGGUACUAAUCCAAUCUGUGUAGCUGCUCCAGCGAAAGAUGGAGACGGAUUUAUGUUAGAUAUGGCCACAAGCGCUGUGGCUUACGGCAAGGCGAUCAACGCCAAGCGUAUAGGGGAACCAAUACCAGAAGGUUGGGCAGUUGACAAACAAGGUAAAAGUAUCACGGACCCUAACUUUGUAUAUGGUAUGCUUCCGCUAGGAGGAGCAGAAAACACUUCUGGCUAUAAAGGGUACGGACUGGCUAUGAUGGUAGAAAUAUUCUGCGGAAUAUUGAGUGGUUCUAACUACGGUCACAACAUAAUAUCAGUUAGCGAUCAAAUCAACAAGGAAGCGAACUUAGGCCAAUGUUUUAUCGCCAUCAAUCCAGAGGCAUUCGAAGAAGGAUUCUUAGACCGUAUGACAGAACUGCUCAAUUACUGCAGGAAUUUAGAUCCAGUUGAAGGGGAAACAGAAGUAUUAGUGGCAGGUGACCCGGAAAGAAAGCAUAUGGAGAAAUGUGACCAACAGGGCGGUAUACUCUACCAUCCUGAACAAAUUAAACAUGCUAAUUCAAUAGCUACCUCAUGUAACGUACAGCCAAUGAAGAUUUUGAAGACUUUAUCAUGACGUUGUCUCGUAGUUAUUUUCAGUUAUUUUUGUAUGUCGUUAUAUCUUUGCUUACACAAUAAAAUGUUUCUCUCAUAAA